AUGCACACAUUUAGUAUAGAUACAAACAUCAACACUGGUGCACCAACCUCAACAUCGAUUCCUAAUUCGACCACUAUCACUCCACCUGAUGGUCCUAUUUCCACAUCCAAUAUGGAGGAGGGAAGAUCUUCGAACAUCAAUGAGAGAUUUAAAAAUAAGGACUCAAAUGUUACUAUGGGUAUCAUCGGUGAGCCUAUAACUUCUUUAUUCUCUUCUAUUUCAUCGGAUCAAGAGACGUCGAAUACCGAAGAAGAUGAACUGAUUGAAUUUGCUGAGCUAGAGUUUGAUCCUGAAGAUCACAAUGUUGAUGACAAUGCAAUCAAGUCAGAGAUUGAGCUUUUAUUAAAGUUUCAAGAGUCGAGGAUGGAGAAUUUGAUAGAUAAUGAUGUUACGAGUUUAGAAGACCGUCUUGCUGACGAAGCUAGUUCUUUCAAACAUCAAGUUCAAGAAUUACAGAAUGUUUCUCAUGAAAGCGAGAUACUGUUUGAACAGAUGAAAAAUAUAGAUGUCCUUCUGGGUGCCACAAAAACUUUGGUUGAAGACGUUUGUGCUCUUAACAAAGAUUAUGCCAAAGGAGUAAAUUCAAAGAAAGAAUCUGAUGGGAAGGUUUUUAUAAACAUUGAGAGCUCUCUUACAAGAUCAUGUUUUAAAACUGAACUUGCUCUUAUCUUAGAUCUUGUUCUUCGAUUACCCACUAAUGCUCCAUGCCCAUCAAUGAUCGUGUCACGAGGGGGAGAUAAGUGUGGUUCAUCGAAAAAUGGAGCUGAAGACAAAUCAAAAGUAGUUGGGAAGGUAUUUUCUACUAAAAUAUCAAUUCCGGUUUCAAAGAAACCUAUUAUCACAACUUUGAAAACAAUUGCUACUUCAAAUGUCGAAAUUGAUAUGUCAAAGCUUCAAUCGAAGAAGUGGCUAGAUUUAAAUGAAGGAGGAUUAGAUUCUUCAAAUGUCAAAACUGUUGAAUCUUCUAAACCAAAAUGGAAGGGAAAAGGGGUUCAAGUGGAGCCUACUAAAGAAGAUAAAAAGAAACUUCAAGAGCUUGAAAUGAAAAAAAUGAAGCAACUUAACAACAUUAUGAGAAUGAGAGCGAAUGACCCACCUGGUCUUAACAAAGGAGAUGCAAAUAAGAUAGUUAAGUUUUUAUCGAUAACUCCUGAUGUGGUGUUCAAAGGAGCUCUUCAAAACUAUCGAUUUAUAGUUGUCAGGGCUAACAUUGUUCUUUUUAACUUCACCAUCGAUGACUUCCUUUUGAUGAAUUUGAAUCAUCUCAAUACUGUUAUGAAGAUGAUGGGAUAUAUGAAUAAUGAGAAAGUUCAAUACAAAGUUGAACAUCAUUGGGUAUAG